AUGUCGCUCGUACCAGCACGAAACGGCGCCAACGGCCCACCAACGCGCGCGGCCGAUCUCCACUCGGACAAGCAGUUCAAAACCUCUACCAAAGGCAAGGUACCGACUGGAUACGCCGAAGAGAUCGCCAUAUCAGAACAGAGCUUUCGCAACCUUCACCGAGAAGUGCAACAAUCGAACGCAGCCGGCAAGAAGCGCAAGCGAGAGACCAAGGGCGACAGCAGCGUUGUCUUUGGAGCGGGCGCAUACAAGGGUCCUUGGGCAAAGUACGAAGAGCGUCGCACAGACAGCGACAGUGGUGAAGAAGUAGAGGUGUCAGACGACGAUGCAAGUGAUGAAGAGGUGGUCUAUGAAGAAGAUGCGAUCGCGGCCAAUCCCACACGCGGCACCCUCGCAGGAACAGGCUACAGCCAAGUAUCGGCAGAGAAAGAGACGUCUACCUACGAUGCGGUUCAGCGCCCCGAGAGAGAUUACCAAAACCGGUCAUAUAUGCACGUUCCGCGAGAUCUGGAUGUGGACCUCACCUCGGACUUUGAGAAUCUCAACUUGAAGUGCUACCAUCCAAAGAAGCUCAUACACACUUUCACGUCACAGCCAGCGAAGAAUGCGCACGAGAAGGCACUUGCCUCCUUGAAGUUCUUCCCUGGGUCAGGUCAUCUACUGCUGAGUGCAGCAUCGGACGGAAAGGUCAAGCUCUGGGAUGUCUAUCACGAUCGCGAGCUACUCCGCUCCUACAACGGCCACACCAAACCCGUCGUCGAGACCGACUUCACACCCGACGGCACCAAAUUCAUCACCGCUUCCUACGACAAGCAGAUGAAAGUCUGGGACACCGAGACCGGCGCCUGCCUCGGCCGCUACAGCACCGGCCACACACCCCACACAGUCCGCUGGCAACCCGAUGACCCAUCCGGCCACGAGUUCCUCGCCGGCAUGCACGACAAGAAAAUUGUCCAGAUGGACACGCGCCUCCCCGCAGACGGCGAGAAGAAGAACCCAGUCCAGGAAUACGACCACCAUCUUGGUCCUGUGAAUACUAUCACCUUCACAGACGAGAACCGCCGCUUCAUCACAACCUCCGACGACAAGAGCUUACGCGCCUGGGAAUACAACAUCCCCGUCCCGAUCAAAUUCAUCGCAGAGGCGGACAUGUUCGCCAUGGUCAAGGCAGCGCCGCACCCAAGCAAGAACAGCGUCCUUAUGCAAACCGGCAAUAACACCAUCUCCGUCUACAGCACUGGCGAGAAGAUCAAACUGAACAGGAAGAAAGACUUCCGCGGGCACAACAAUGUGGGUUAUGCCAUUGAUGUGGGUGUAUCUCCUGAUGGCGGGAUUGUGUGUUCCGGGGACAGUGGGGGGUUUGUAUGUUUCUGGGAUUGGAAGAGUUGUAAGAUGUGGCAUAAGAUUAAGGCGAGUGAUAGUGCGGUUAUUGCGGUGGCGUGGCAUCCGAGGGAGUCGAGUAAGGUUGUUACGGGGGAUCUUAAUGGGGCGAUCAAGUAUUGGGAUUGA